AUGGCUGGAGGAGAGGGGACAUGGGACAGAAGUGCUGUUGGCUUAUUUGUUGGUAACUUCGAAACAAACUACGUCGCUGAUACUUUUUUUGAUCCAACUGGUUGGGGCAAAGGACAGCUGUUCAUAAAUGGACAUAAUAUUGGUCGAUACUGGCCAAACGUAGGACCCCAGGUUAGUAUCUUCCUGUUAAUUACUAAAAUGUGA